AUCACCUAGUUUCCUCGUCGCAAGAUGCAUCUACUCUCGGGAUACAGUUCCACUUCUCACAUUCCAUUCCAAUUACACGUCAAGAAAUCAUGACUAUGCAACAGAGAAGAAUCAGAUACGAAACAACGAGCUCUGCCUUUUCGUCGGGGUCUUGCAUUCCAGGGCUCCAGGGCCGGGAUUCUCAACUUGAAACCAACACGCGCUUAUGUCCGAGAAAGUCUACCUGGUCAAAUCAAGUCAAACCACACAAAUUAUUGUAUGCUCGCCAAUCACACAUCUCUCCUUGCGUUCUGGGUACACAUACAAUGAUAGUUACGCAUGUAAGAAAAGUGUAUUGUUGAGUUAUUGUGUGAUUUGUACUUUUUGACCGCUUUUGUUUCUCUGAGUGUCGCCAACGCAAGUACUUACAUACGAAACAGCCGAGCUAAGUAGG